AUGCAUGAUCCCACCCAGGCCCUCCGGACCAGCAGUGGAAGACUCUCCUUGCCUGUCAUCAUCUGCAUCGUCCUGGGAGCCCUGCUCUGCCUGCUCCUGGCCCUCCUGGUCGGGCAUGUGCGAGGCGCCAGGGCUGAGCGCAGAGGCUUCGACAGAGCUUGGGAGCCCUUCUCUGAGGCCGUGUACGAGGAGAUCGGGUACAGCCCAGUGUGGGAGAAGCAGGCGGGGUUCAGCGGCUCAGGCUCCCAUUCCGAGGGAUCCCUCCCCGAGCUGCAGCCCCACCCCAGGGACAGCAAGGAGGAGGAAGAUGGCCCGGGGUCAGCACCAGGUGACCUAGCAGACAGCUAUGAUGAUGCCAGGGAGAUUCCUGACCCUGGGCAGGAUCCUGAGUCUGGACAGGGAGACUGGGAAACGGCCAGGGAGCCAGAGGAGGGCCCAGAGCCCAGGGAUGCACCUGGAGGGGCAAAGCUGCACUCCCAGAGCAGCGCUGGGGCCCCUGGAGCUGAGGGAGAUGCCUGGUGCCUGUCCCCAGAGAGCACAAACUACGAUGAUGCUGAAGAGAUGUCCCUUGCACAUCCCCUUGAGGACACAAAGACUGGGCCCCAGGAGCUCAGUGCAGAGCAGUUCCCAAGCCAUGGGCCAGGAGAGCCCAUCCCUGCCAUCGGGCUGGGGUCAGGCAGGAGGGAGGAGAGGACUGUGCAGCUGGGAGAGCUGUGAGCACCAGGAACUGACUCCCUUUGCCCAUGGCAGCAGGAACAGCUGGGCAUUGCCUCUAUUUUCAUUCUCCUGGUUUCAACCCGUGCCUCCAUGC